AUGUCACAGAGUUCGCGGAACAUACUCAGUACGCAUAGUCAUCCCACUGCACAAGACCUCAACGGCGAAAGUACGCGAACGAAUGGGACUGAAUUAGGAUCAAGCGGUACGUCCAACAGAAACGGGUUGAGUCAGGUGCUUCAGCCGCAACAGCAGCAACAGUUUGUCCUACCUUCUAUUAGCGGGCUAGAAAACGGCCGUCAUGGUGAGGCUCCUAGCCAGCGCUUACCUUCAAUGUCGAGCUCAAAGGGCUUUUCAGUUGCAAGCCUCGACAAUCCCAUGCCUGUACAGCAUCAACAGCCCCAACAAUUGGUACAGAACGACAAUAGUGCGCGUACGUCUCUUUCUGCAGAGCACUCUCAGGACCCAUCAUUCAAACCGCUCAAUUUCAAAGAUGCACUCUCUUACCUCGAACAAGUAAAGUUUCAAUUCAGUACCCGUCCUGACGUGUACAACCAUUUUUUAGAUAUCAUGAAGGAUUACAAAUCGCAAGCUAUUGACACACUUGGUGUCAUCGAGCGUAUUUCAACUCUAUUUAAGGGCUACCCUGCUCUCAUUCAGGGACUGAACACAUUUUUACCUCAGGGUUAUAAAAUAGAGUGCGCUACUGAUCCAAAUGAUCCCAAUGCUAUCUCUGUUAUAACACCUUUUGAUAACGCCAAUCGUCCGGUAGGGCCAGAAAGACCUGUGGAUAUAGGUCCUACAGCUCCCAAGCUUCCUGCAUCGGGUAUUUCUCAAACCUUAAGUGAAACAUCAACUCCUCAGCGAGCCUCUACUGUUGAUCAACCUAGAAUAGAAUCGAAUCCCCAAAGCCUUCCAGCACCUUCGGCAAUAUUUUCGACUGCAAAUCAGCAGCCACCCCAUUUGCCAAAUAGUGGCCAGCCUAAGCAGCAAUCGCCGAAUUUUUCUAAUAGACAAAUUCCAAAAUCAUCAGAGCCCCCUCUUCAUGUUCCCGUUCAGUCACAGCCGCAAGCUCACGUCCAGCAGCAGCAGCAAUAUUUGGCAACACGGAACACAGGCGACGUGGAAUUCAGUCACGCUAUAAGCUAUGUCAAUAAGAUAAAGACGAGGUUUGCCGACCAGCCUGACAUAUACAAACAUUUCCUGGAAAUAUUACAAACAUAUCAGAGAGAACAAAAGCCCAUUCAUGAGGUCUACGCCCAGGUAACCGCCUUAUUCCAGAAUGCCCCCGACCUUUUGGAUGACUUCAAGAAGUUUUUGCCCGACGCUACCGCCGCUCAUGAACAACAAAUGCAGGUGCUUCAGCAGCAGCAACAGCACCAACAGCUUCUACUUGAACAGCAAUUGCUUCACCAAACUCAACUCGCCAAUUCUCACAGAUUUCAACAGGAUCAACAUAUUGGACAUACACACUUGCCUCGUCAAGAUCCACUGUAUCAACAAGAGUUAGAACAGCGUGGGAAGCAUUUCCAACAAUCUCUGGAAGGUGGGGGUCAGUUCCACCAGCAACAACCAGCGGCUGCGCAGAACCUUCCUCCUUUGGGAAGUUUUUCGCCACCAAUCAAUGGAAGAGAAAGUGAAUCACAAUCAAUAGGUCCAAACAAUCAGCAGCCUGCAGCUUUUCCCGCCCAAGCACAUCCCCAAUUCUCAGGUCAAGGUACUGACAAUCAUAACUUACCUAUCGCCGAUGCGCAGGGUCAUUUAGAUGGAACUUAUCCACCUGCCCCAUUACAGGGUCAAGAAUCUCAGUUUAUGGAGCCGACGUCGAGACCAGAAAUUGACUUAGACCCCAGUUUAGUCCCUGUUAUUCCUGAGCCAAUCAGGCCCUUGGAAAAUAAUAUGACGCUAAUAGAAGAAACCUCAUUUUUUGAUAGGGCAAAGAAAUACUUAGGAAAUAAACAAGUUUACACCGAGUUUCUCAAGAUCUUAAAUUUGUUCUCACAAGAUCUGAUAGGUACGAGUGAACUUGUUGACAAGGUGGACCACUAUCUGGGUGGUAAUGUGGAGCUUUUCGAUUGGUUCAAGAGCUUUGUCAAUUACGUCGAAAGACCGAAACGAAUCGAAAAUAUCAUUCACGAGAAACAUAGAUUGGACCUGGAUCUAUGUGAGGCAUGUUGCCCAAGUUAUAAAAAACUUCCAAAAUCGGAUACCUUCAUGCCCUGUUCUGGGAGAGAUGAGAUGUGCUGGGAGGUUCUAAAUGAUGAAUGGGUUGGCCAUCCUGUAUGGGCAUCAGAAGACUCGGGAUUUAUUGCUCAUCGCAAGAACCAAUAUGAAGAAACCUUAUUCAAAAUAGAAGAAGAGCGCCAUGAAUAUGAUUUCUACAUCGAGGCAAAUUUGAGAACGAUUCAAACGCUUGAAACAAUCGCGAACAAGAUUGCUAACAUGACUACUGAAGAGAAACAAUCUUUUAAGUUACCACCUGGGCUUGGGCAUACUUCCUUGACCAUCUACAAAAAAGUUAUCAGGAAGGUGUACGACAAGGACAGAGGUUUCGAAAUCAUUGACGCUCUUCACGAGAAUCCUGCGAUAUCGGUUCCAAUUGUCUUAAAGAGGUUAAAGCAAAAAGAUGAAGAGUGGAGGAGAGCCCAGCGCGAGUGGAAUAAAGUCUGGCGAGAAUUAGAGCAAAAGGUCUUCUACAAGUCUUUGGACCAUCUAGGUCUAACUUUCAAACAAGCUGACAAAAAACUUCUCACCGCAAAACAAUUGAUUUCUGAGAUCAGUAGUAUAAAGGUCGAUCAGACUAACAAAAGGGUCCAUCCAUUUACCCCCAAGCCAGAGAGUCAACUAGAUUAUGAUAUCACCGACACGGACGUACUUGGGGACAUACUUGGCUUGGUUCAAAAUUCCAUCGAUCAUAACAACACAUAUUCGCAGUUGGACAAGGAAAAACUCUCUGACUUUUUCAAAAUGUUCUUGUCGUUAUUCUUCUCUAUCCCAUAUAACAAACUAGAAGGUACCUUGCAUGACAGCUCAAAAGAGUCAGCGAACAAGGGACAGCAUCUAGAGGAAAGCCACGAACCCCGUAAGAGAUUGCGGGAGGAAGAACGCUCUUUCGCAACAUUGCUUAGACAGAAACACAAGCACACUAAGAGGAAAGAUAUUAAUGGGACAAGUGAUUUCAUCUCCGAUGAUGAACGCCCUUCAGAGAAAAGCUUGCCUGAAAAUAAAGAUGAGGAGUUAAUCAGAGAAGCAGCGAAAAGGCCCUGGGUGCUUGGGGACAUUUUGGAAGAGGCCAAUGACAAGGGCUUCGUGGAGAAUCGUAACAUUUAUAACAUGUUCGCGAAUUCCAACAUUUAUGUCUUUUUGCGCCACUUGACUACCUUAUACCAGAGAUUACGGGAAGUGAAACAAAUUAAUGACGAAGUUACACAGGAAAUCAAGAGUAGAAAGGUCGUUAAAUUUGCCAAGGAUUUAAAUUUACUGUCGACUCAACUAAGCGACAUGGGGUUAGACUUCAAAGGAACUGAUGCUUAUAAGCAGCUACUUUCCCUUUCCAAGCGCCUGAUUGAAAAUGAUAUUGAACAUCAAUGGUUUGAGGAAAGUUUGCGUCAGGCUUACAAAAAUAGAGCUUUCAAGAUAUACACUAUCGACAAGGUAAUACAAUCUCUGGUCAAACACGCUUACGGGAUCGUAACAGACGUUAAGACAUCCGAUAUAUUAAUUUUAUUUGAAGAGGACAGGAAGUGCCCAACAACCAGCAGAAGGGACCAAAUUUUGUACCGCCUCCAAGUGAGGUCUCACAUGGGUUUGGCCGAUAACAUGUUCCGCAUUGAAUACAACAAGUUAACUAAUCAUGUCUGCAUCCAAUUUGUUGCGGUAGAUGACCUUACGUUAAACGAGCCCGAUACUUUGAAAGACCGUUGGCAUUAUUAUUUGACCUCCUAUGCACUAUCACAUCCAACGGAAGGCAUUCCACAUGAGUCCAUAAGUAUACCAUUUCUCGAAAAAAACCUUAGUGACGAGGUCGAACUGGAUGCGGAAAAUGAGAAGCCUUCUCAUGUCGGUCAAUCGGUCUCGCAACUACGUAUUCAAGUCAAUCCCCAAAAUUACGAGCUACAAAUUGAACCAAAUUCUAAGGACAUUUUCACCAGAGCAGAUAUGAACAAGAUUCCCAAAAGAACUUGCAUUAAGAAUGGCGCAAUGGGUGGAAAGAGGGAAUUGAUGUCAUCCUUCUUAGAUGGUUCCUAUGGCUGGAAAAAGGGUUUACGGACUGAAAAUGUAGAGCGAGUCCUUGCUACACUCCAACAAGUGAAAAACUAUGGUCAAAUAAGGGAACAAAAAGUUGAAGCACAAUCAGAGAGCGUUCAAACCCCCGCGAGGAAUGUGAACGAGGAGGGAGAGACGGCAGGCUAUAAGACCGGCGACGACACAGAUAUAAGAGCUGACGAAACAACAACGGAGGAAAUCUAA